AACGAGUAGACAGAGAAAAAGAGAAAGGAAGAUAAAAGGAAAAAGGAAGGAAGAUUGGCAGAGGAUCGAGGAACGCCAAAGACUCAAAGGCGAAUAUUUAGCUGAAAAUAAAUUCACACAACCCAAAACAAACGCUUUCUCUUUCUCUCUCUUCAAUCGUUAACCUUUUUUUUUUUUUUUUUCCUUUCUUUCGCUCUUCUUUCCUUUGGUAAUUGAAUUCAGCAGCAUGAACAACAUCAACAACAACAGGUCUCAGGAUCAACGCUCAAGACCUGCCAAGGCAGCCACUAUCCAUGGCUGCGCCCUCUCCGGCGACCUCGUUGGACUCCAGAGACUACUUCGAGACAACCCUUCUCUUCUCAACGAGAGAAACCCUGUUAUGGCACAGACACCACUUCAUGUCUCUGCUGGUCACAAUAGGACUGAGAUAGUUAAAUUUCUUCUUGAUUGGCAAGGGGCAGAUAAGGUUGAGAUGGAGGCCAAGAAUAUGUAUGGAGAAACUCCAUUGCACAUGGCAGCUAAGAAUGGGUGCAAUAAAGCCGCACAAUUGCUUCUUGCUCGUGGUGCUAUUGUUGAAGCCAGAGCAAAUAACGGUAUGACACCUUUACAUCUUGCUGUUUGGUACUCACUACGAGCAGAAGAGUUCUUAACUGUGAAAACAUUGCUUGAGUACAAUGCUGAUUGCAGUGCUAAGGAUGAUGAGGGAAUGACUCCUUUAAAUCAUCUAUCCCAAGGCCCUGGAACUGAGAAACUUAGGGAACUAUUACUUUGGCAUCUUGAAGAGCAAAGGAAGCAGCGAGCCAUUGAGGCAUGCAGUGAAACCAAAGCUAAAAUGGAUGAGCUUGAGAAGCAACUAUCAAAUAUUGUGGGUCUUAAUGAUCUAAAAGUACAACUACGCAAGUGGGCAAAGGGCAUGCUUUUGGAUGAGAAACGUAGAUCUCUUGGUCUGCAUGUUGGAAGGAGAAGACCACCUCAUAUGGCCUUUCUUGGCAACCCUGGAACAGGUAAAACUAUGGUAGCACGGAUUCUUGGAAAAUUACUCCAUACGGUGGGAAUUCUACCUACUGAUAAAGUGACAGAAGUACAGCGGACCGAUUUAGUCGGUGAGUUUGUUGGUCACACUGGUCCAAAAACCAGGAGGAAGAUCAAGGAAGCAGAGGGGGGAAUUCUUUUUGUUGAUGAAGCUUAUAGAUUGAUACCAAUGCAAAAGUCCGAUGAUAAGGACUACGGGUUGGAAGCCUUAGAGGAGAUUAUGUCUGUCAUGGACAGUGGAAAGAUUGUCGUAAUAUUUGCUGGCUACAGCAAGCCAAUGAAGCGAGUAAUCACUUCUAACGAAGGUUUCUGUAGACGUGUGACCAAGUUUUUUCAAUUUAAUGAUUUCAACUCAGAAGAACUAGCACAAAUCCUUCACAUUAAGAUGAAUAAUUUAGCAGAAGAUAGUUUGCUAUAUGGAUUUAAGUUGCAUACCGAUUGCAGUAUAAAAUCCUUAGCAGCAUUGAUAGAGAGGGAAACAACAGAAAAGCAGCGCCAAGAGACAAAUGGAGGUUUGGUAGAUACCAUGUUGGUCAAUGCUAGAGAAAAUUUGGACCUAAGGCUAAGCUUUGACUGUAUGGAUACAGAAGAACUUCUUACCAUCACAUUGGUAGAUUUAGAAGCAGGCCUUCAGUUAUUAACACAGUAAUCAUUCUUUGGCAAUCUAGUAGAUAUUUUGGAGACAAGAUUCAUUUCAACUUACCUCAAUUUUCACCAUUGGAUACACAGGUUUUACAUCUGCACAAUGAGCAUGUCAUGAAUAAGUUUGCUACAAUAGGUCGAUUCUUUUGGGAAAAUUUUUCCGUGUAUUUUGUAAUCGAUAAUGUUAUAUAUAGGCUUUAUUCAUGCACUUUUUUUUUAUCUGAAUAAUGAUUUGUAGACACCUAAUGCAAAUCUAUACCUUGAGAGAGAGAAAUAGAAGAGAGAUAAUUUGAUGAGUGACAUGAUGUUAUAAAGAAGAGAGAGAGAGAGAGAGAGAGAGGGAGGGAGAAAUGAGGUGUCAAAUGAAAUGAGUGUUUAUAAUGUUUAAGUAGUUAUAUAUAUCAUUGUUUAUCUGCCUUUCAUUUUAUCGUUUUCAUUGUAUGCUAUUAUUCAUUGAUGUUGGGGAGUAACGAAAUCUUUAUUU